CGCCAUGUUGAUGCCCUAUCGCCGGCCUUAACAACCGGUGUAUAUAAAUUAUUUUAAUAUAAAAGCGCUAGGCAGUGGAGUCUUCAGUACAGUUUUGUGUUAGACUAGUUCCAGAAUGUGUUCAGCUUAUGUUAAAAGCCUCGCACCUACCGAGCAAGAACAAUACAUUUAAAAAAUUGAACUUUUAUGCAUUGAAGAUCCGUAUCUUCUUAGUGAUAAGCGUCAACUUCAAGAACUUGUAGAUGAUAUCAGUAUUUGGCCAAAAAUUGAAAACAUGGACAUAGUGAACUAUUUAGUGUUUUCGACCAACAAAGUGACACAGGAAAAGAUGAGAAACUAUAAAAGCCUGAAGUCCUAUGUAUACUUUACGGAUGGGCUUGUGUCCCAAUCAAAAUGCAGAGAAUUUGGAAGCAAAGUCGUCGUUGUUGCCAAAGUCAAGCAUUCACAGAAGGCAGCAGAAAAGCCAGUCGAGCCAUGGCUUUUUUGUCAACAAACUGGAGUUAUUUUGGCUGCCCACUGCAGUGGACUAGUAAUUCAUCCUGAAAUGCACUACAUAGGAGCCUCUCCAGAUGGUCUGGUUACCUGUGACUGCUGUGGACAAGGUGUGCACUAAGGAGAAAAUGUUGAGUGACAUAUCCAAUAAGGAGGCCAAAAACCUUGGUCUGGGACCAAAUAAACAAUUACGUAGCACACACCGCUACUACUAUCAAAUCCAGACCCAAAUGGCAGCUACCAAGUCUUCAUAUGCUGAUUUUGUCAUAUGGACAACAAAAGAUGUUUACAUAGAAAGAAUUUUUUUUGACAGUAAUUUGUGGUCAAGCAUCUCUGUUAAGGCAGCAGAAUUUUUUCAGAAAAUUAUAUUGCCUGAACUGUUGGCAUGCUAUUAUACCAAUAAAAAGGCAUCUGGCAUUACUAAAGCUGUUGGCUUACCACUGACAAAAAGAAAUAAGCCUACUCUGAAUAAGUUAAAAUAAAAAUGAAAUAUGAAAUGUGUUUUUAUUUUUUAUUAAAU